UAAAAGAUUUCAGUAUUAGAAAUAUAUACUCAUCGUUAUUUUUGUGUAUUAUUCAACUAUACCAGUCUAGUUUUAACAUUCGACGAAUAAUGUUUGAUGCAAACUUGCCAUUUGUACAUUCUUCUGGACUAAUCGCUGAGAAUUUCGAGCAGAACAUAAUAAAAGUUACCGAGUAAAUUGGAUAAAAAGAAUUGGUAUCAAAUUAUAGGUAAAUAAAUGCAGUUUUUAUUGUUUCAAGUUAUCUUGCACAAUUAUUGGUAUCAAAUUAAAGGAAUGCAGAAUAUGAUUCCAAAAUGUUCAAGACUAAAGAGUUUGAAUGGAGUGGUCAGUUCUCUGAUCCAGACCAAUACAGUACAACUGACUGCUAGGAGGUUCUCCACAGAGAGAGAUGAUGGACCUCGCAAGGAGCACAUGGAUGAUGAAAAGAGGGUCCCAGCAGCUGGUAAAUACAGGUCAGCAUGGAAGAUCCUGCAUGAAGAGAUGGAGGGGAUCAAGACAAUGAAACCACCUGGGACAAAAGUUCCACGAGAAGCAGAUGUUCUAAUUGUCGGGGGAGGAGUCAUUGGCUCUUCUGUGGCCUAUUGGAUCAAGCAGCGCAACCCAAAGGGCUCAAAUGUAGUAGUGGUUGAACGUGACCCAGUGUACACUAGAGCCUCCUCCAUGCUAUCAGCUGGUGGAAUCAGACAGCAGUUCUCUGUGCCAGAGAAUGUCCAGCUCUCCAUGUUCACAUCACAAUUUUUACGCAAUAUAAAGGAGCAUCUGACAGUCAUCCAUGAAAGUCCGCCAGACGUCCAGUUCAACCACCAGGGUUAUCUUUUCCUUGCACCCCCAAGAGAUGCUGAGCAGCUUGCAGCUAAUGUUCACAUGCAGAGGGAGCUUGGAGCUAAAACUGUUUUAUUAACCAAACAUCAACUGGGCACAAGAUUUCCAUGGCUUAAUCUGGAUGGCAUUGAGUGCGGCUCCCUAGGACUUGAAGGUGAAGGCUGGUUUGACCCAUGGUCCUUGGUGAGAGCCCUCCAACAGAAAAACUUGAGUAUGGGGACGACCUAUGUCCAUGGUGACCUCAUUAGUUUGGAGAAGGAAAAAAUGUCCACAGGAAGAGAUCAGCUUGUUUCUGGUGUUAUCCGAGUCAUGAAUGGCCAAGAAUUUGAAGUCAAAUUUUCUUUGAUCAUCAACUGUGCUGGACCAUGGGCAGCUGACGUGGCGGAGAUGGCAGGCAUUGGUCAGGGGGAGGAUAUUUUAGCAGUGCCACUUCCUGUAGCCCCCAGAAAAAGAUUUGUUUAUGUGAGCCACUGCCCUGAAGGUCCCAUGCUGGACUGUCCAUUUGUCAUUGAUCCUUCCGGUGCUUACUUCAGACGAGAGGGAUUUGGAGGUCACUACAUUUGUGGGAGCUCUCCCACAGAGGACCAGGAGCCUGAUGUUGCCAACUUUGAAGUGGAUUAUGAUUUUUAUGAUGAAGUCGUCUGGCCAAGAAUUGCCAGAAGAGUUCCUGUCUUCAACCAUUCCAAGCUCAAGUCAGCCUGGGCUGGUUUCUAUGACUACAACACGUUUGACCAGAAUCUUGUGAUUGGCCCACACCCAUAUUACAAAAACUUUUUCUUUGCAAAUGGCCUAAGUGGCCAUGGCCUCCAGCACUCACUGGCCGUGGGCCGUGGCAUCAUGGAGCUGGUGUUAGACGGUGGUUACCAGACCAUCAACUUGCACAAGUUCCAUUUUGACAGACUGCUAACACAGACAGCAGUACGGGAGCAGGGCAUUGUCUGACCUUGACCUUGGUGAUGUGCCAAACUUUCAAACUGGAUGAGCAGGGUUUCUCUCAUACAUUUUUUAUCCAGAGAAGGGUGGAUUUGAUUGGGGGGGAGGGGGUUACUGGACUGUUUUCCCCCUCCCCACACCCCACCCUUCCCCCAGAGAAGCCUGAAAGAAACUGUUGAUAAUGUACCAAUGUAGCUUUCAAACUUACUGUAACUUGUUUCUAGCUUGAUUGUAAUAAAAACUAAUCAAUCAG